UCGGCCGGGCUGGGCCAGAGCAGCCCAAGAUGGCCGACUUCGAGGAUCGGGUGUCGGAUGAGGAGAAGGUACGCAUAGCUGCUAAAUUCAUCACUCAUGCGCCUCCAGGAGAAUUUAAUGAGGUGUUUAAUGAUGUCCGACUCCUACUUAAUAAUGACAAUCUUCUCAGGGAAGGGGCAGCACAUGCAUUUGCCCAAUAUAACAUGGAUCAGUUCACACCUGUGAAGAUAGAAGGAUAUGAAGAUCAGGUCUUAAUUACAGAGCACGGUGACCUGGGUAAUUGCAGAUUUUUAGAUCCAAGAAAUAAACUUUCCUUUAAAUUUGAUCAUUUACGGAAAGAAGCAAGUGACCCCCAACCAGAAGAAGCAGAUGGGGGCCUGAAGUCUUGGAGAGAAUCCUGUGACAGUGCUCUAAAGGCCUAUGUGAAAGAUCAUUAUUCCAACGGCUUCUGUACUGUUUAUGCUAAAACUAUAGAUGGACAACAGACUGUUAUUGCAUGUAUUGAAAGCCACCAAUUUCAACCUAAAAACUUCUGGAACGGACGUUGGAGAUCAGAGUGGAAGUUCACCAUCACACCACCUAUGGCCCAAGUGGUUGGAGUGCUUAAGAUUCAGGUUCACUAUUACGAAGAUGGCAAUGUUCAGUUGGUUAGUCAUAAAGAUGUACAGGAUUCAGUACCUGUUUCGAAUGAAGUCCAAACUGCCAAGGAGUUUAUUAAAAUCAUAGAACAUGCAGAAAAUGAGUAUCAGACAGCAAUUAGUGAAAACUAUCAAACAAUGUCAGACACCACAUUCAAAGCCUUGCGUCGGCAGCUUCCAGUCACUCGCACCAAAAUCGACUGGAACAAGAUACUCAGCUACAAGAUUGGCAAAGAAAUGCAGAAUGCUUAAAGGCUGAAUGUAAGAUUCUUCAGUACAUGGGGGGGCGGGGGGGAGUGAUUCAACAAGUGGUCAUGUGAUAAAAUAGGUGGUUUAUAAACAAGAGUGAUAUUUUACUAGGGCUUUCAGAGUAAAUAGGUUUUCUAGCCUCAUGGAAUACUGUUGAACCUAUAACAUUGAAUUCAUUUAUGUUUUCUACUUUGUAAUAUUCUUUUGUCACUAUAUCUGCUUUUCUUUUUAUUCCUUUAUUAAUUCUGCCACAUUUAAUAUUGGGGAGAGAGAAAGAGAGAUCUAGUGGUCAUUUUGCUGUUUAGAACAUUUUCUUAGGCGUGUAUUACCUGUUACUGAUAUACACGGGUAAUACAUGUUUAGUACUUUUUAACCCCAUACUUCAAAGAACUUUUGGCACUUCGGUGGUUUUACUGAUAGACCCAACAGCUGAAAGGCUAUGCUAAAAAAACUAUAGUAAAAUGGACAGCACAUCCAUUCUUCUUCCUCCAACUGCUUGAUCAUCACUUACAGCAUCUCAUAAACAUAGACUUCAAAACUUUGGAUUGGGACUUUUCUCAUCCAUUUUGGGGGACAAAGGAAGUUUUCUGGAAAUUCCAGUAUAGCCAGCUUCUCUGAGGAAGUUGUUUUUAAAUCCAAAGACUUGAACCACAUUCCCUACACAUGAACGUGUUUGCUUUUUUUAAAUUUCCAUUCUCUCAUUGUCUCCGUUUCCAUCUAGUAUCAUUGUAGUUAUAAAAGCAUCUGCAUUUUCAAAAGAGUUACUCAUUUAUGUUUAUUUGUUUGUUUGUUUUUAAUAUUCAAGAACUGCUGACAUACUGUGGAUGUAGUAGAGUAUAUAUAAAACUUGAAAAAUGCAGAUGUUGAAGGAAUGAAUAUAUUGUCUUUUAAUGCUUUGUGGCAGGAUUGUAGUAUAAGCAAAUGAAUCAAACAACUUUGUAAAUCACAGAUAAAAACUAAAAAUGAACCAAAGUGAGAAGGAUAACUUCUAGGCAGUAAGUAUCUUUCUAUUGUAACCUGUUAUUUAAGGGAAUACUAGCGGUUUGUUCUAAAUAGGAUGUAAAACUUGUUCCAAAUUUUUCUUCAGUCCUGCCUGCCAAGAACUCAAAUGUAACUGUGAUAUAGCAACCCUUCCCAGGUAUAUUGGCAGGUAUGUGUGUUUGAUCGCCGAAUACACAGGUGGCAUAGCUAUGAUAUGACAACUGGUAAUGGUGGAUUCAUUUACAUUGUUUACACUUCUAUGACCAGGCCUUAAGGGGAAGGUCCGUUUUUUAAAAACCUAGUAGUGUCUUCCUACUUAUCUCCAAAUACAUGUCAAAAUGGAAGGGUGUUUGUGCUUCAGCUUUGUGUUUUGCUCAGUAAUAUAGUCAGGCAAGAGUGUUUCCAAGUGACCCAUUGAGCUGUGUACGCAUUUUUAUUUCAAAUAAAAUAUAUUUGUAUUAUUUGUCAUUCAUACUAUCCAUCCAUACCACAUUAUCCUCUGUAUCAGGUAGACCAAUACAAAUAUACCUGUUUUGUUCUAAAACUG